GGGUGGCGGGAUCUGAGCAGCUCUCGCCCACAGACGUGUUCCUGCUUGUCCUCCUCAACCGCCCUGGCCUUUGUUCCCCAGGACGGCGGCCGAGCUAGGGCCCUGGCAGCUAGCAGGGGAGGAAGCAUGCUUGGCAGGGGCUGGUCUGAAGGCAGAAGGCAGGGCCUUCCUAAGUGGCUGGGUAAACAGUGUCAGGUGGCCUCAGCCUGUCCCGGGGACCAGCUGUGUUCUCCCACCCCCUACAAGGCUGAAGCUGCCGACUUUUAGCUUUUCAGCAGCAGAUGCUCCACCCCAAAGCCUGCAGAAGGGAUUUUGUGAAGAGGGUCACCAGGUUGAGCCUGGGCCAGAAUCUGCCUAGAGGACCCGCAGCCAGAGCAGAGAGCUCUUGGGCCAGCCCCCUCCGAUGGACUGCCAGAGGCCCGAGCUUAGAGAGGAGGAGGAGGAGCAGGAAUGGCGGUGGAUGGAGCUAGACUCCGAAGAGGCCCUGGGAUCCAGGACAGAGGGGUCUAGUGUCUUCCAGGGCUGGGGGCACCUGCUCCAGGCCGUGUGGCGGGGCCCUGCAGGCCUGGUGAUGAAGCUGCUGCGGGAAGGCGCCAGUGUGGAGGAGAGGGACCACGCAGGCCGGACCCCCCUCCACCUGGCCGUGCUGCGGGGCCACGCGCCCCUGGUGCGCCUCCUGCUGCGGCGCGGGGCCCCCGUGGGCGCUGCAGACCGCGCGGGGCGCACGGCGCUGCACGAGGCCGCCUGGCACGGGCACUCGCAGGUGGCGGAGCUGCUGCUGCGGCGCGGGGCGUCGGCGGCCGCGCGCUCGGGAACGGGCCUCACGCCGCUGCACCGGGCCGCCGCCCUGGGCCGCACGCUGCUGGCCGCGCGCCUGCUGGAGGCUCCGGGGCCCGCGGCGGAGGCCGAGGCGGAGGCGGAGGACGCGCGCGGCUGGACGGCGGCGCACUGGGCGGCCGCGGGCGGGCGGCUGGCGGUGCUGGAGCUGCUGGCGGCCGGCGGCGCGGGCCUGGACGGCGCCCUGCUCGUGGCGGCCUCGGCGGGGCGAGGGGCGGCGCUGCGCUUCCUCCUGGCACGCGGGGCGCGGGUGGACGCCCGGGACGGCGCGGGGGCCACGGCACUGGGUCUGGCGGCCGCUCUGGGCCGCAGGCAGGACAUUGAGGUGCUGCUGGGCCAUGGGGCAGACCCAGGCAUCAGGGACAGGCAUGGUCGCUCCCCACUGCACAGGGCUGCCUCCCGGGGACACCUACCCACCGUCCAGCUGCUGGUUACCCAGGGGGCUGAGGUGGAUGCACGGGACACCCUGGGCCUCACACCCCUUCACCAUGCCUCUCGGGAAGGCCACAUGGAGGUCGCCAGCUGCCUCCUGGACAGGGGUGCCCAGGUGGAUGCUGCUGGAUGGCUCCGAAAGACCCCCCUGCACCUGGCUGCAGAGCGAGGGCACAGCCCCACCGUGGUGCUUCUGCUGAGCCGAGGGGCCAGCCCCACCCUGAGGACACAGUGGGCCGAGGUGGCCCAGAUGCCUGAGGGGGGCCUGCCCCAGGUGCUGCCUGAACUUCGAGGGGGUCAGAAGGAGUGUGAGGGUGUAGAGCCGACGGGCUGAGCUGGACAGCAGGCCUUGGGCCCCACGGCCCCAGCCAUUUCCAGGCGCUCUGGCUGAGGCUACCUGCCUGGAGGAGACAUCAGGGGAGAGUCUCCUGGAGGAGGGGGUGCGAGAAAGGGGGGGUACGUGGCUAGAGCUGCAGUCACAGGCCUUGGCUGGACCUGAGAUGGCCCCUAGCUCCCAGGAGGACCAUUGACCCUGCAACGCCAGCCUUCUGCACAUUCCAGGAAAGGAUGAGUGGUGGCAACAGAUGUGACCAAAAUCUGAUGGCUUUCCCUCUGUCUGCAGACCGUGGCUGCUCUCUGAAUGCCGGAGUGUUCCAACUGUGUUUUCUUAGAUUUUGUAUAUGUCGCCUUGGCAACCAUGAAUUACACGGCCAAACUCCUGGCCACAGCUAUUCCCCUCCCUGCUUCUAUCUAGAGCCCAUACUCUGACCCACGUCCUCAUCUAACUCCUGAACAAGCCAACACUCCCCCUGCCCUGAGCUGCCCAGGGCCAAGACAGGUGACCACGGCAGCCCCCAAGCACGAAGGCCAGAUGGCCGUUUUCAAGCUGGCUCAUUCCGAGCUGCCCACCCCACCCUUCCUGCCCUUCCCGCAGAAUCCCCAGUCAACGCUCUGGUCUUAGCUUUCCCCUCUCUCUGCCUCCUGACUAAACACAGGGACUUCUCAUGUGGCCCUGCCUAGCAGGUGUCCCCACUGCUCAGGAAAUACAAGUAAUAGAAAUCUACAUCAGCUUC